AUGACACCAGACAGGAGGACACCAGACAGGAGGACCUCAGAGAAGAGGACACCAGACAGGAAGACACCAGACAAGGGACAUCAGACAGGAGGACCUCCGACAGGAGGACCCCAACCAGCAUACCUCAGACAGGUGGACCUCAGACAAGAGGACACCAGACAGGAGGACACCAGGCAGGAGGACCUCAGACAGGAGGACACCAAUAAGAAGGACUCUGAUUCAGAAGAACAUCAGAGAGGAGGACCUCAUAUAGGAGGACAUCAGACCCGAGGACAUCAGACAGGAGGACUUCAGACAAAAGGACCUCAGACAGGAGGACCUCAGACAAGAGGACACCAGACAAGAGGACCUCAGGAAGGAGGACAUCAGACAGGAGGACACCAGACAGUAGGACACCAGAAAGGAGGACCUCAGGCAGAAGGACAUCAGAGGGGAGGACCUCAGAUAGGAGGACUUCAGACAGGAUGA